AUGUCUGCCUCUGCAACAGUCACCUCAUCCCCUUUUACGCGGGCAGUGGUGAACUCGAUGAGGAAGCUUUACCCAGAGUCCUUAGCAGAUAAGAGCUUUGACAACACAGGCUUACUCCUCGAAGCCCCCUUCAAUCCUACGCGCAGACAGAAAAACUCGGUCCUCCUCGCAAUUGACCUGACCAAGGCCGUUGCCGAUGAAGCCAUUGCUCGCAAAGCCUCAGCCGUUGUAGCAUACCACCCCAUCAUCUUCCGCGGCCUCAAAACCCUCACAUUCAACGACCCCCAACAACAAUCCCUCCUCCGUCUCGCCUCGGAAGGUAUCAGCGUCUACUCCCCACACACAGCCGUCGAUGCGACCCCCGGGGGAAUGGGCGACUGGCUCUGUGACGUCGUCACCGGCACGACCACCCCAUCCACCCCCUCCGUCGCCUUCCAAGAAUCUUCCUCCUCUAAACUCUACUCAGCCCCAACAUACCCCCAGCCGGGUCCCGUCUCGCCUUCUUCUACAACAAUCCCCCACGCCCGAAGCACAAUUCACCCCUCCCCGGCUCCCGUCCCCACAGGCCUGGAAGACGCAGGAAUGGGCCGCCUCGUCACAUUUAACGACCCUCAACCUUUGACUACUGUCAUCGACAACAUUGCCAAAGGCGUAGGCUAUCCCGGCGGUAUUCCCAUUGCUAUUCCGCAAUCAGCGUCUGUCGACGACAUCAAAAUCCGCACCGUCGGCGUGUGCCCCGGGUCUGGAUCGAGCGUGUUGAUGAAGGGCGUGAAGCAGAUCCCGGACCUGCUGUUCACCGGUGAGAUGAGCCAUCAUGAAACUCUAUUCGCGAUCGAGAACGGAUCUGUGGUGGUUGCGCUUGCGCAUUCGAACACUGAGAGGGGGUAUCUGAGGGCUGUUAUGAAGGAUAAACUGGAGGAGGCUCUGAAGGGGGAGUGGGAGGAACUAAGGAAGAGGGAGGGGGAAGGUGCGGAGGCGAGCUUGAAGGAGAUCUAUGAGGAUGGAGCGUGCGAAGUUCAUGUCAGCGAGAAGGACCGCGAUCCAUACGGCAUCAUGGUUAGGCAGAAAUAG